CACUGUCUCCUGAGCAUGUAUAAGAGCCACACUGCUCCAAUCAGAGGGAAUUCUCGGCCAUAAGCAAGAACUAAAGGGCAAGAGAAGACAAGCCUUUGCUCUUUGCUGGUGGAGAAAGAUUUACUCAUCGGCACAAGACGCAGGGAAGAUGCGGGCAGUUAGCGAGUGGCCGAAGGUGCCUACGCUCUUCCUUUUUAUUCUCGCUUUAGCCUUCCAGGAGAGCCAAGGAAACCCUCGAAACCACAGGGAAACAGAGGCACAGGAUGACAAAGACAAGCUUCUCCAUCUCCUUCCAGCUCCCGUCGCUUCUAGUAGCGUCCAGAUCCCGCAGCAGCACAGCUGGGGCAGGGUGCGCUCCGCUAGCCAGCAGGAGAGCGUGGUGUCUACCUCCACUUCCUCCUUCUCCGAACCCCUGAGGGCUCGCGACAAGGCACUACUCUUCUCUGCCUCCUUCUCCACUGACCCCGCCCGCUCUUGGCUCCUCAGCUCAUCCAGGAACGCAGAAAUAUUUCCAAGAGAUUUGAAUUUAAAAGAGAAGUUCAUAAAGCAUUUUACAGGACCAGUCACCUUUUCCGCUGAAUGUAACAAACACUUCCAUCGACUGUAUCAUAAUACUAGGGAUUGCACUAUACCAGCUUAUUACAAAAGAUGUGCAAGACUGCUAACAAGGUUAGCAGUGAGCCCGCUGUGUACACAGCCUUAGAAAAUUUGACAUAUUGACUCAGAAAAGAAAACCCUAAUUUGAAGAAAAAGUGCCUUGGAAUUUUAUGUAAUAUAAUGAAAAUAAAAGGCCUCAUUCCAUGGUUGAAUAGAAUUAUCAAAGAAGGAGAAUUCCCUGGAAUAAAUUUAUUUGACUUAUACAAUGAAAAUUUUUAUCUUAUUUAUAUUUGCAUAUGCAAUAUAUUGCUGUCCAUUAAAAAUAGACCGUAACUUCAACUUUCUAAAUAGAGCCUUCCUAAAGGAGACCAUCAUGUGUGUUUUCUUUCUCUUUCUUUUUUUUUUUAACUAAGUAUAUUUUAUUUUCUUAUUUCUUAUUUAUUCCAUGUUUGUUUCAAUUUACAAUUUAACUUUGUAAGUCUUAGUACUUAUACAAAUUAUUUGAAUGGAUUAUAUAACAGUAUUUGCAAUAUUAUACUUGAUCAGUAUUUUGAUCAUGUAAGAAUUCAUUUUUGUAAUUUGUUGCUUUAUUUCAAUGUAUUUAAAUAUUUUUUCUCAGGCUCUUAUGUUUCUUAUUUGCACUAAUUUUAUACAUAUUAUUACUCAAUAUUUUAGAAUGUUUGUCUUUAAAUGAAAUUAUAUUUAUAUUACUAAUUUAUAUUAGCAAAUUCUGAGAAGAUACCUGCAUGUGAAUAAUGUACUCAUGUAUACACAAACAUUUAUAUUUCUGUGGAUGUUGCACCAGCAUCCAUUUGCUAUGUUCCUAGACCUCAUGCUGUUUCUUUACAGUUAAAAACAUGAGAUAAUUUUGUUGCUAUAUUUGUAGCAGGGAGAGGAAGUUUCAUGAAGAUGGAAAAUUUGUACAGUGCGUAUGACUAUAUAUGUGUAUAUCUGACAGUGUGUUUGUACAUCCUCAUGUAUACAACUAAAACUAGAUUAUGUCCCCUUCCCAAAGUCUGAUUUAAUCAGUAUCAGAAAACACAUACACACA